AUGGUCGGGAGGCAUGCUCACGCCCUGAAGAAGAAGGGCAUCAAGGUGGUGGUCAAUGCGGGGGGCAUGAACCCGCUGGGCUGCCGAGACAUGCUGCAGAUGGCUUGUGCCAAGGUGAACCAACCGCUGAAAAUUGGCUGUGUCACGGGCGAUGAGGUGACAUCCAGGGUGUCUGAAUUUAGAGAUCGUGGCUUUUGUGAAAUGUUCACAGGCGAGGCGAUUCCCGCUGCAGACAUUCCGAGCGCCAAUGCUUACUUGGGGGCAAUACCAAUCGCUGCAGCUCUGGCUGAAGGCUGCGAUGUGGUGGUGACCGGACGUGUGGUUGACAGCGCGCUGGCGUUGGGCAUUCUGAUGCAUGAGUUUGGCUGGCAGCCCAACCAGUAUGACCACCUUUGCAUGGGAACACUGGCUGGCCAUCUCAUUGAAUGUUCAGCCCAGUGCACCGGGGGCCUCUUCACAGACUACCAGGAUGUCAAGUGGGAGAACAUGGGCUACCCUGUGGUGGAAGCCUACCCAGAUGGCACCUUUCUAUUGACGAAGCCCCCGGGUACGGAUGGCAAAGUAAGCUUCGGAACAGUGGCAGAGCAGCUUUGCUAUGAGAUCGGCGACCCCGGCGCCUACCUAGUCCCUGACGUAGCUUGUGACUUCACAAUGGUAAGAAUAGAGGAGGUGGGGCCGGAGGUGGUGCGCCUGUCUGGCGGCCGCGGGCUGCCACCAACGGACACCUACAAGGUUUGUUGCACUGUGCCAGAUGGAUAUGCAAGUGUGAUCCCGAUGCUGAUCGCGGGGCAUGACGCAGCUGCCAAAGCCAGGAGAACCUUCGAGACCAUUCUUGCCAGAACCAAGCGAAAGUUGAAAGGUUCGAACAUGGAGGACUUUCGCGAGACCCGGUUUGAAGCGCUGGGUGCUGGACACUUUGACCCGAACGUCCGGGAAGAAGAUGCCACUGAGGUGGUCGGCAAAAUUGGCUUGAAGCACAAUGACAAGAAAGCAAUCGGGCUCUUUCUGAGAGAGAUCCCUUGCAGCGGCGUCUCCAUGGCACAAGGCACCACGGGGUUUGGAGGAACAGGCUUCAGCGCAAAGAUCUCUGAUGUCCUGCGUGUCUUCUCGCUGGCAAUCCCCAAGACGGAGGUGACCUGCGAAGUGGUGGUGGACGAGAAGCGCUUUGCAGUGCCUGUGCCCACGCAGGGCGGCUACCCAGGCAGCGCCAGCCGCUUCGUGCAGGCAGUGCCAGCUGAGCCGCCCGCUGGGCCCAUGGUCAAAGUGCCGCUGCGUCUGCUGGCUUGGGCGCGCAGCGGCGACAAGGGGAACAUGGCCAAUGCUGCUUUGAUCGCGAGGAAGCCAGAGUACCUGCCCUUGCUUCGGCACCAGGUGACGCCUGAGCGCGUGAAGAGAUAUUUCGCUCGAAGAGUCGAAGGUCAUUGUGAACGCUUCGACCUUCCAGGAAUUGGUGCCAUGAACUUUGUGAUGGAGGCUGCUCUUGGCGGUGGCGGAAUGUGCUCACUGCACAGCGACCCACUGGCCAAAACAUUUGGACAGAUUUUGCUUCUCAUGAAAGUGGAGGUGCCGGCUUCUUGGAAUUUGCAGCCGGCCAAACUCUGA